AUGGGUAUGGGUGCCGCUGCCUUCUUCUACCUCCUGCUGUCCCUCUGGGCUCAGGAUGCAACCGCGGCUGACCUUGGCCUCACAAGAAGCGAUUUCCCACGGGAGUUCGUCUUUGGAUCUGGGACCUCGGCAUAUCAAUAUGAGGGUGCUGUUGCUGAGGAUGGCAGGAGCCCAAGCAACUGGGACACUUUCACUCACGCAGGCAGAAUGGCAGACAAAAGCACAGGAGAUGUUGCUGCAGAUGGGUACCACAAAUACAUGGAGGAUGUCAAGCUCAUGUCUGAGACAGGCCUAGAGGCCUAUAGGUUCUCCAUAUCCUGGUCAAGGCUCAUUCCAAGUGGACGCGGAGCUGUCAACCCCAAGGGGCUAGAGUACUACAAUAACCUCAUUGAUGAGCUAGUGAAUCAUGGAAUUCAAGUACACAUCACACUUCACCAUGUAGAUCUCCCUCAAGUUCUCGAAGACGAGUAUGGUGGAUGGUUAAGCCCCAAAAUUGUUGAAGAUUUCACAGCAUAUGCAGAUGUUUGCUUCAGGGAGUUUGGAAACAGGGUUGCAUCCUGGACAACUAUGGACGAGGCAAACAUCGGUGUACUUGGCUCUUAUGGCAAUGCUCUAUUUCCUCCUGGCCGUUGCUCAGAUCCAUUUGGAGCAACAAAGUGCACCGCUGGGGACUCUAGCAUCGAACCAUACAUAGCCGCUAAUAAUAUCCUUAUGGCGCAUGCAUCAGUUUUCAGACUGUACAGAGAUAAAUAUCAACACAAGCAGAAAGGAAUUGUUGGCAUAAAUAUCUACUCCUACUGGAGUUAUCCACUGACAAAUGCCACCGCGGAUCUAGAAGCAACUCAGAGAUGUAAAGAUUUCUUGUAUGGCUGGAUACUAGAGCCAUUGGUGUUUGGGGACUACCCACAAGUAAUGAAGAAGAAUGUCGGCUCUCGCCUUCCACCCUUCACAAACGUUCAGUCUGAACUUAUCAAGGGUUCCUUAGAUUUUAUUGGAAUAAAUCACUAUUUUUCUGUCUACGUGAAUGAUCGCCCUCUAGAUACAGGUGUUCGAGACUACACCGCAGACAUGUCAAUUGAUUCAAGAGGUUCUAGGACCGACCCGCCAGCUGGUCAGGGCCCCCCAACACACACUACAAGUGAUCCCAAAGGGUUGCAACUUGCACUGGAGUACCUGAAAGAAACCUAUGGGAACCUUCCCGUCUAUGUCCAAGAGAAUGGUAUGGGAUCUGCUGACGACAGUCUGGAUGACACCGACAGGAUCGGUUACCUGAGCAGCUACAUGGAGGGCACACUAGAGGCGAUGAGGAAUGGAGCCAACGUGGGAGGCUACUUCGCCUGGGCAUUCAUGGACCUGUUCGAGCUCCUGGCGGGGUACCAGUCAAGGUACGGACUGUAUCGGGUCGACUUCGCCGAUGAGAGGCGGCCGCGGCAAGCCAGGCUCUCGGCUCGCUGGUACUCCGGCUUCCUCAAGCACAACGGAACCUCUGCGCUCGCGUCGAGAGCGCAGAUUGAUGAGUUCGUGAUGUACGGAAAGAGAAUGCCUUGGAAAUACCGGUCAUACGAAAGAGGACUUAUUACUAUUGAGAUAUUGUGGUGA